AUGGCUCCGACAUCAAAACAGUUUAACGCCGCUACAAGUAUGAGUCACAAGCCUCAUCAACGACUAUUUCGAGAAAACCAUGUAAAGAAGCAGGCAACGCGUCGACGAGGCCAACGCGAUGGACCGCUCCGACUCCAACUGCGAUUCCUCACCGCGACCGAUCCGUCGUAUUUCAGGAAUGACGAGACGAGACGCAGCGUGCGUUCGCACGCAAUGUCAUAUCACCGGAACAAACCACGGAAAGAGGCUAGGCUACCUGAGGAAUGCUCCGAGGUACCAGCCACAAAAGAGCCUGCUGCCUUAGGAGAACACGUCCUACAGAAUGGCCGCAAUCAUGGAAAUGCAUCGGUGGAACUGGAAGAUAGCCUGCAACAGCAGCACGGAAAUGAAACGAGCCCAAUUACACGUCGGCAUGCUCACGACAGCAUCACACUUGAACACAUGCCACGAUCUAACCGACAGCUGUCCGCCACACGCGCCCUGCUGACGUUGACUAGCCCCAAGGCCAAUUCAAACGACUGUGACUAUGUUGAGAGUCAAGAAGAGCGCAUACUACGUCUUUUCACGGCCCAAGUAACUACAAUGUGCCAGAUUGGAGAUGGCGUUGAUCCUUUCCGUGCGCUACCAAGCUUCAGAAAUCCGGAGGUCAACUCGCUCUUCCUCAAGCGUCAUUGCAUCCGGACAUUUGCAAGUGAUUCGUUUCACGUCAAAUGGCUCCCCGUCAUGCUUUCUGAUCGCGAAGUCAUGCUCAGUUCUGCAAUCUUAGCUUCCGUUUGGCUAGACAUGCACUCGGAGAUUCCAGACGAAAGCAAGCAAACCCGCUUGCUAAAGGACGAGAUUAUCGGUAUGGUUAAUAAGCGGCUGCGAAAGAAAAGCACUCGUUCGUCAGAUUCAACAAUCAUGGUCGUACUUCACUUGCUCAUGGGUGAGAUAUCGGGCUCCAAUGAGAAGGCGCUUCGUGUACACGAGCGGGGUAUUGCAGAGUUACUUCAGCAUCGUGGUGGGCUACAAUGUUUGGGCAACGAAAUCUUGGCAGAGACAUGCACUGCGGUCUGCUAUCACGGUGACUUGAUCUGCGAAGCCGAACCUCUACCUGAUCUCGCCACUGAUCUACCAGUCGUAAACCCACCGACUAUUGAUGGUGUUGAAAUACCCGAGUCGCCUAUAUUCUGCCCUAGAACACAGUUUACGACAAUCGCUAGUGACUCGCAUUGCUCGACUUCGACGCGUGAUUUACUUCGAGACAUGCGGGACUUGACAGAUCUCUUCAUUUCUCAAGAAGCCGCACCUGAGACUGUUCACAACACUUGCAAGAUAGAUGCCGCCUACUGGGAACAGCGAGACGCCGAAUACAGUAGCAGAAUCAUUGCGAUACGCAAGCGCUUGACUAGGCUCCCCUCAGCACAUGUUCCAGACCUCCCCACUUCCAAUGACUGGAUUUUCGAGGCCUGCCGUAUUACCGCGCUUAUCUAUACCGCUUCCGUUAUGUUACUUCUACCUUUCUCUACUACUGCUGACCCAUGCCGAAACCCCCUAGUGUCAGAGUCGGAAGCGUUCAACUGUCCGGGAUCCGGCGCGAGCUAUCUCAAUACCCACUUGAGCGAAGCAUUGUUCAAAGCACUACGUCGUACUGCUGUUGCAGAUGUAUGGGACAAGAUGUCUGGUGUUUUGUACUGGGUAAGUACUGUUGGCGCUGCAGCAACUCGUUCGUCCGUUGGAGAUGAUGUAGAUGCCAAAUGGGUCCGACGAUAUCUUGUGAUUUACUCGACACGCACCAUGGUCAAGCUGGUCUUUGAUCAUGCGAAACCCAUUGUGGUGUCACAGAAGAAGCUUCUCAAGAUACAGCAGCUCAUCAGCAGACACGAUGGUCGUGGUGUGGAAAACGUCACUUAG